CCGAGCUCCACGGAUGGCGUCCCUUCCUCGUCUCGGGAACGAGGCCAGCGCGGAGUCGAUUUGCUAUGGUUUCAAGAUCGACAUGCUCGGGACAGAAGCCACGGCGGAUCUCAUCGACGAAGAUUCGCGCGCGCGGGAUGACGAUCUUCUCUUGUCCCGUUAAUUACCGGAGGCCCCAAGGCGCUAAGACCCCAGAAGUGACUGGCUCCGCGCGGGAGACGAAGGAGAUCCCACGUGCCUUCUGCUCUUCUCCGGAGAGGCCGGGUAAGCUCUGAAAAUCACACACGCUCAUACGCACUGGCUGAAAAGCACCAUCCCCUCGUUAUCAUGAAUCGACGAUACGAUGCGUUCAGUACAGCCUUCAUGUAUUUUCGGGACUUCCAGAGCUGGAGUUUUCAAUAAUUUACACAACUGGUGUGACUGCCGACC